CCCAACUUGCGUCUAUUGCCCUUGCCAACAUCACCUGCUGUAACCCUGCCAUCUAUUGAACACAGGCCCAGAGGUCGUCGUUUAUUUUCUGUAGUAGUAGAUGACUUUACUCAGUUGUCUAAACAGUACAUUCGAAAUAAUAUGGCUACGAGCAACAAACUGUGCUACACAUCUGAACAGGUUGAAGUCAAUCUGAUGAAAGAAAGUGUUGAAUUUUGGAAGCGCAAUGAUAUUAUUCUUCCUGUAGCGCCAUUACUGACGGCAAAACAAUUGUUAGAGUUGCCUGGAAGGAGAAGUUUGACAAUGAGCAAGAAACUGAUGGCUUUAUGGAAAAGCAAAGCGGUUCCAAAUGUGUCAGCUAAAAGCAUUGUAAGUUAUCAAACAGUAAGACGAGACAAAGAAACAUCUAGUGCAACAGAGUCUCUGUCUUCACAGGUACAAGGUUCUAAUCAAGAAAUAAUGCCGGGAAGUCCAGAGCGACCGAGAGAUGUAUCAGUGGAUUCUGCUACAGGGUCUAGGAUGGAAGAAACUCCACCGAUCUUUUCAGAUUUGAGCCAAUUGUCUGAAUCAAGAGACAGUACACAACCAAGCUUUCAAAUAGAACACACCACAGGAAGGCAAAAGCGGCACCUGACAGGACAGAGCAUAGAAGAAGAGACAACUACACCACUUGACAAGACGGGGAUGGAAAUACCGGUACCUACUUUGCAAUUGGAAGGCAUACCAGAGACACAUAAAUCCCCAGAGAAUAGCUCAUCAGAGGAAGAUCAACCCAUCAAAAUUCAUCACCAGAAAGUUGUCAGAGACAUUGCUGAGCUCACUGCCGUAGAUGAGACGAUAACAUUUAAAGAUCUUGUGCCAUUAUCUACUUCAUGUGCUCGGGCAAGCAAGGUGUUCAGCAUCUGUGUUGAGUUUGCUGCUUCAAACUUGAUUGUGAUUUGGCAAACAAUUGCAUAUGGAGAUAUCUACAUCAAACGGGGAGAACUAUUUUAGAUGAUGACUGACGUUCUGUAAGUGCAAACAACACUCCAUUUUCUUGUUGGUGCUGACACUAUUUUUCUUUAAUACGAAAAUACUGCAUAAUUAAGCUUCUUCAAAUGUGUCAUGAAAUAUCCUGUAAUGGGGCUUUAUUUCACAAUAUAUUAUUAAACAUCGCCAACAAAGAAAGUCCACACCCAUCGGAGGGGUCAUAAUUUUUGUGAUCGUCUGAUGAUGACAUCAUUUAUUGGGGAAUUUUGUAAGCUUCAUUUUGAUACCCUGUUUGCUACCAAGUACUGUAAAUCUUCAAAGAUUGACAACAGAUAUGAAAAAUGAUGCAGUUUGAAUAGUUGCAAAUUUAAUAAGAUUACGCUAAGCAUAACCACACAUGCCCGUAAUUGGGCCCUAUUGACUGCACAGUGCUCGAACAAAGUGUGGGUAAUUCAAUUCG